AUGGUGCUUCGAGUAUUGGGACGACUCGCCCAGCAUGAGAUCCUACAGGUCCCGAGGGAGCAGAACUCUGAGGCGGAUAUGCUCUCCAAGCUCAGCCAGGGAGCUCCGGAGUAUAUCUCCAAAAUCACCCGGAUAGAGGACCUCCAAAAGUCAAGUUUGGAGGCGUACCCAGUCCUACCCAUACAAAGCCGACCUUCGUGUUGGUUGGACCACCUCGUGCAGUAUAUGAGGACGAGUGCGCUACCCCCCGAUGUGGCUGAAGCUAAGGCGGCUAAGAAGCGAGCUCUGACCUACGAGCUCAUUGGGGACGUGCUAUACAAAAGAUCCUACAACGGAGCCUUGUUAAGGUGUUUAUAUCCGGAUGAGGCCAGAGCACUCAUCGAGGAAAUUCAUGAAGGUACGUGCGCAGCCCACCAAUGGGCUUACCGGGCUAUCCUCCAAGGGUACUUUUGGCCCGGGAUGGCGAAGGAGUGUGCGGACUAUGCACGGAACUGUUCAACCUGCCAGCAAUUCCAGGUCGGCCCGGGUCGACCUGCCACCAACUAUACCCCGAUCAGCUCGGUAAUCUCCUUCAUGAAGUGGGUGGAAGUUGAACCCCCAGCCAGCAUCACCAGCAUCCGUUGCAUAUAG